UGUAAUUUAACCUUACGUAAGCUGCGUAUUUGGAGUAAUUUACUAUUUGACCUUGAAAACUUUGAGGGUGAACAAAACAGCAGUUUCUUUGUAUUGCCGUUGUGUGUAACGUUAGCAUAAUUAGCUAACUCGACGUUAGUUAUUGAUAAGAGGAGUCUGACCGACCUGGACUUCGUCCCAAAGCAGCUGGCACCAGAUCACCCCGCCGCUCUGAACCACACCACGGGGGGACGCCCAUGGAGGCCCAGAGGUUGCUGAGGCUGGUGUCCCUGCUCUGCUGUGUCCCUGCAGCCAAGGCCUGUCUGCAGUGUGACCACAAGAUCAGGAUCCUGCUCGAGGACUUUGUCCUGUCUGCUCCCACCGUGGCCGACCAGAUUGAAAUGACAAAGAUUCGCGACCAUGCCUAUGCGGAGUACAGGGCGACCAGCCAGAAGCGAAAGGGAGUCAUUGAUCCCACCACUCUUUACAGAGCCAGGACUGAGUACCAAAGUGAGUUGGACCGCUUCUUGAAAACUGAGCACACUGGAUCUGUGACAUUCGAGGCCAUUCAGAUCCUGGAGAAGGGCAGGAAGAUCUUAGAAAAACACUUGGACACAUUCAUCCGCGACGGACUGUGCCCCAACAAGUGCGGGCUUUUGAAACGAAGAGUAAUGGAUUGCUUCUCUUGCCACUACAAGAUAUACAUCUGUCCUUCCCCUUCUGGCCAGCAGGACUGCGGUGAGCUCCCAGUGCAGGCCGUGGAGGGAGGCCAGGCUGUGUUGAACUGUGGCCAUCCAUGGCAUCACCUUCUGUUGGGAGCACCAGAGUACCAUUACUCUUUGGCCCGCGGCGUGCCAGGAACUGAAAAGCUGAAGGAGAGUGAUUUCGAAGUCUUGGUGGUGACCGACGAGUCGUCCGUGGUCUUAAAUCAGCUGCACGUGGAUGAACAAGGAACAUAUCGCUGCUCCCUGCAGAGCCAAGAUGGAACCGUCUUCUACCGGGUCAUUUUCCCACUCGCUGUCGCCCUUUCGCCUGACCAGACUCACCGACCCGUCAUCGUUCUGCCCUCCCUGCCUGCAGGAGACCGCUACUCGCCUUCUCAACCGACUGCCGGCCUGCUGGUGCCGGUCGUCGCCGUGGUUACGGCCCUGAGUCUGGUCGCGAGCGUUGGCCUCACAGUAGUCCUGGGAAUGAUGAUGAGUCAGAGGAGGGCCGAGGAGAAAGAAGACGGAGGGACGAAACACACAAAACACUGUGUGAUGUAGUACAGUAAAUACACACUAUUCACUAGUGAGAAAAAGUUUCUGAUCAAUACAUAUUGUUUUUCCUCUACGGCAAACCAAGAUUUACUAAUAAAACCGAAAGUUUGUGGUGUAA